AUGGAGCAUGUGAGGCAGGCCCAGGUCGACGACCCCGACACGCAGCGCGACCUGGCCGCGUGUGGGGAAGGGGUUCAGCCCCAUCAGCGUAGUCUGGACGGGGUUUUGCAGAAUCGGGCCCCAGGUGAUAUGGACAGCUGGCAGAUCCAUGUGCCCCCUGCGACGAGCUGCCAACAGUGUCAGCAACGCAAGGCGCGCCGUGCGGACGGGGUAGAACAGCAGCGCCCCCGACAACCGGAGGAGCCCUUCCAUACUGUGGCCCUCGACGUCAUGGGGCCCUACCCCCGCACGACCCGGGGAAAGCGCUUCCUCGUUGUGACCACCGACGUGUUCACGCGAUGGUCAGAGGCGUUCGCCGUGUCCAACGCACGCGCAGGGACGAUAGUGGCCAUCCUGGACAGCGAGGUGUUCCCUCGCUAUGGGUACCCAAAGACGCUACUAACAGACAACGGUACCCAGUUCACAGGGAGACGUUGGGCGGCAGACUGUCGACGCUGGGGAGUUGAGCAUCACACUACCCCGACGUAUCACCCGAGGGCGAACCCGACGGAGCGACGCAACCAGGACAUCAAAGUUCAGUUGCGCCUCCGCCUGGGGGAUGAUCACUCGAAAUGGGAUGUACACCUGCCCAAGUUGCUCUACUGCCUGCGCCGGCGAGUCAAUGCCGUUACCGGCCAUUCCCCCGCGGAACUGCUCCACGGUCAGAACCUCGCCCUACAGGUCGAGCUGCGGGUCGCUGAGGCAGCAGGGGCAGUCACCCGCCCACCAGCCAUUGACCUAAGGGAAGAGGCAGGACAGCACCAAGCCCAGUUCCUGGCCACCCGAACCCCGCAGUCAGCCACUCUCCCAACACCACUGGAGCCAGGGCAGAUGGUCUAUGCCCGGUGUCACCACCUGUUGUCCGGCAGAAAGAACUACUGCGCGGGGCUGAGCCUCAAGUGGGCAGCCCCCCGGGAGGUCUUGCGACGCCUAGGCCCCACCACAUACCUCAUCAGACUCCCAAAUGGUAGGGCCACAAAAAUCCACAGGGACGACCUGCGCCUCGUUUCCACUGCCGAGGAUCCCUCUAAGGUCUUUAGCAAGAGCGAUUAG